AUGCCAAAAGUGCACGAGCGACUCGCUGUGCUCAGUCUAAAUAUCUUCUGUCGUCCAGAAGGAAUCCACAGCGGCCAAUGGCUCACCAGGACCGGAGACUACAAAGAUCUGCGCGUGGCGCUCCUGCUCCGAAAGAUCGCGGCAUUUGACGUCGUGAUCCUCCAAGAAAUGUUCGAGGCAGGGACGCGGCAGGCCCAAUUCGUCCAAAAGGCCUUUGAAUUGGGCUUUGGCUAUCACUGUGGCUCUGUGUGGCCACAGCUACUGAACCCUCAACUUAUUGAUGGGGGACUGCUCAUUCUCAGUCGGUACCCGAUCGUUGAUCGGGACCAACUUGUGUACUCGCAAGGCUCUGGUAGUGACGGGAUAUGUGCCAAGGGCGUGCUCUACGCUCGCAUCCAGUUAUCACCCGAGCUUUCCGAUUCCCUGCACGUGUUUACUACCCACACUCAAGCAGGAGACAGGACCAAGGAGUACAAUAUUCGUCUGGCUCAGCUGCAGGAGAUGCACGGAUUUGUUGCAAGGAAACUGAGCAAGGACCCGAAUGUACCGGUGCUCAUAUCAGGCGACUUUAAUCUGGAUGCGCGACAUGACCUUGUACAUGAUAUCCAAACGGGAUCUGUGCGGAGCACGCGCUGCCGUGAGAGUCGUGUGUACCAACAACUUGUUGCCGAUUUCGAGCGUGUCGUGUUCGAGGCAAGGCUAAAAGCUGCCGGGAAAACAAGUGAGGAGGCUUCAGAUAGCACAUCGUCCGAGCCGUUGAUCAUCGACCUCAUGAAGCGAUGCGACACGACUAAGCUGGGCGAUGAGCUGCACCCGAUCACUAAUGGUGAUGGGCACUCGUCACUUGUGCACAAAACGGACCCUCUGUCACUUGACAAGGACGGCAAGUGUAUCGACUACAUGUUUUUUGUGCCGGGAACUUGUGCUCAGACAGCAGUUGCAGCUUCUGCAGUGGCUAGCACCGCUUCUUACGGUCGCAGUACGAAUUCCGCCGGCAAGGGCAGCGAAAGCCACGGCAAUGGCGACCCCGUAGCGAUACCUCGCGUUCGAUUGACUCUAGAGGAGAGUGCGACAAUGGUGGACCAUUGCGCCGUGGCAGAGCUUGAAGAAGACGGUGAGGGCAAUGUUUUGCUUCAGCAGCCACGCCCGUUACCAAUUACGCACCUGUCCGAUCAUUAUGGACUGCGAGCUUUGUUCACUUUUCAGCGUCCCGAUGGUCAAUCUGUUUACAGCAACGAGCUGCUUUCGUCGGUGUUACAGCUGCACUUUCCGCAGCGUGUCUUUGCUCAACGUCCCCAACAUCUUUGGAAAGUGAAGUUAGCGCUCACGCUUUUCGCACUCGUAGCUGCUGCAGGAGGCGUCACUCUUUUGAUCAUACACACGACGCUUGAGAUUGUAUUCAGCUGA